AUGUUUGCCGGCGUGGACGUUAAACAACUGUUGGCAAAUAAUCCACCAAGAAUUGUUAUCACUCAAUCGGAACAAGGUGUAGAAGCCCUGAACCAACAGCAAACAACAUCCUCGGUCUCGAUUAAGGCCGUCAAAAAAACCAAAGCACACCUUAAUAACAGAGAUCGAGCAGGAUCUGAAAGUGACAUCAGAGAUUAUCUGAAGCGUAAAAGGGAUACAGAAAAGGACCUAGACACUUCCUGGUCAGACUCGGAGUUUAAUUAUCAGCCAUACAAAAAGGUGGACAGCUCUAACAACACCAUCGAAACAGAUAAGAUAAGUACUGCUCAAAUUAGCCACAUUGAUCCCUCAACUGCCCUACAUCCUACUGUUACAGAUCAGAAUAACGCAAUAAAUAUGGAUGAUGAUAUGAUAAAAAUACUUCAUUCCUUAACUGCACAAAUCAGCUUGAUGAGGACAGAAGCAACAACCAACGUCAAUAAGCUCCAAACCCAAAUCUUAGACUCUCAGAGGACCAAUGCUGAAGCUAUCUUGGAGGUUAAAAAUGAGAUUAAAAAAGUCGAAUCCUCAUGGAAUAUAAAGUGGUUAGAAACCCAAAAGAAACAAUCAGAGCUCGAGACCGAAAUUGCAACACUAAAAGAGCAGCUGAAAAAUAAAACUACUGAAGCAGGAAAUUUUGCGGAUAAAAAGACAAAUGAAUUACUGAUUCUUGCUGAUAAAAAACUAAAGAAGAUGGAACAAUUAAUAUAUGAUCAAGAAAAACAAGUCAAAAAAUUGAAUAUUAUUAUUAAGAACCAUGACUGGGAACCCACCCAGGCCCAAGAGAAAACCAAAAAAUUUCUCGAGGAGAAGUUUAAUACUAGGGAAGAAAUAGUCAAUAUACAACCUGUAGAUAAGGCAGGAAAGAUGAUACGCGUCAAAUUUAGCACCCAGAAAGUCAAAGAGAAAAUAAUGACUGACAAAGCUACGGUACUGAAAGGAAACAAGAUUUCCAUCGUCAGGGACCUCACAUCGCGAGAAUUGGAGCAAAGAUCGAAUCUCAUUCAAAUGGCGAAAGAAAAAACUGAACAAGGCCAGAAAGCGGAGAUAAGAGGUAACAAAAUAAAAGUUGGUGAUACUUGGUAUUAUUGGGACCGUAAUCUGAACACCUUAAAAACAGCUAAAACAGCUAAUCCGCUGAAACGAUGGGGCAUACCCAAUAAUCAAUCACCUAGUAAACGAAAUUCAAAAAACUAA